UUCAUUUGCUUCUUCGCUUCGAAAAUGUUCAAAUCGGUGCUUUUGUGCUUCACUUUUGUGACAAUUAAAACGGUCCAAAGUGCCGCAAUGCAAACUUUGGCCAUUCGCAACGCCCUCUACCAAGUCCCCGGAUUGGGAAACCGCCCCCUGAUCAUCAAAAUGUACCCCGGAGUCGAAAACUACCAAAGCGACAUCUACGAAGUUUACGCCGAACCUUACACUUUUGAUUUAAGGUCGGCGAGCGCCGUGGCCCUCCUCCAGGGCGAGGGUGAGUCAAAGGGCGAAGUCGUCUUCUUCCAAAGACACCCCCCGAAUGGCCCCAUUUUGGUGCGGGGCAACCUCACGGCUUUGCCCCCCGGCAAGCACGGCUUGCAUAUCCACCAAUCGGGGGAUUUGAGACAAGGGUGCGAGAAAUUGGGGCCCCAUUUCAACCCCUAUCAGCUCCAACAUGGCGGUCCGUCCGACCCCGUCCGGCAUGUUGGCGAUUUGGGGAACAUUGAAGUGGGGGAGGAUGGGAGUGUGGAGUUUAGUAUCGCUGAUCCGUUGUUGGCGCUCAUGGGGGGUCCUAGGGGAAUUGUGGGACGUUCGAUUGUCGUUUCGGGGAAUCCCGAUGAUCUUGGGAGAGGCGGGACGGCCGAGAGUUUGGUUAAUGGCGAUUCGGGGAAAACCAUAGCGUGUGGUGUGAUUGCCUAUAUUAAAUGAUUGUUUUUGAAUGAGAAUAAAUUUUUAUUUUUGU